AUGUAUGCUACUAAUUUGACAAAGGGUCAGGCAUUUCCAUUGGCUAUUAGGGUUUGCUCGAAACCCAGAAGCUUUAAAGGGUUUGACACCCAAAAGGCCCAGUCUUUACAGAUUGGUGCUCACCCAAAAACCUCACUAAACCUUAGCUUUAGUAAACCCCAAUCCCCCUUGGUUGAUUUUCAUAAUGGUUCUAGUUAUAGGGUUGUAGGAAAUGACGGUGUUGUGAAACCCAGAUGUUAUUCGAGCGGGUUCAGGGUUAAAAGUGGUACACAGAAUUGGGUUUUGGUGAGAGGGAGAGGCUUUUCGAAUUGGACUAAUGGAAGUAGGCUGCCGUGGUUGGCAGCUAAGGAAGCGAAACGGUUGGAGCAGAGUAGAGGUGGAGAACGCCGUAGUAAGUCCUCUUGGGACAAAUCAGCGAAAAGAGUAGAGGAAGAAAGGAAGCCGAAAACUGAGCGAUCUUCUUGGGAGGUGUCUGCAGAAGGUCUUGUUCGGAUUGGUGGUCCAUCGGAAAGGAAGAGUGCAGAAAGAAGAAAUGGAAUGAUGGAUAGGCGAAGUGAGUACAGUGAAGAAGCCAAUUCAGAAGGGAGUGGAGAGGAAGAAGAAAUGGAGGCUGGUGAAGAUCCAAGGUGGGAUCAGAUCAAGAAUAAGUUCAGGAGAAUGGAAGAUGUCAAUGCCGAGAAACCUGAGUAUUGAAGGUGGGAUAGGCAGGAAAGUUGGGGCAGAAAGACAUGGCAAGAGGCUAGUGAAUUGUCGGUACCUAGACUGGUUGGCCAAGGUCUUUAUGGUGUCGGUCCAGUUUUGGCUGCUUUGUCAGCUGGAAGAAGAUAAUUUUAUACGUUGUAUGUUCAAGAAGGCUUGGUUUUGAGCAAUAAUAAUAAAGACAAGAAGGGAUUUGAGAGAGUCUUGAGGAUGGCUGUAAAUUUUGGGGUGACCAUAAAGGAGUUGCGCAAGCAUGAUCUUAAUAUGGCUGCUGAUAAUCGACCCCAUCAGGGUCUGCUUCUAGAUGCUUCCCCAUUGGAGAUGGUUAAAAUUAAGGAAUUGGACCCUAUUUCAGUCGAGGAAGACAAGGGUGCUCUUUGGGUAGCUUUGGAUGAGGUUACAGAUCCUCAAAAUUUGGGGGCAAUCAUCAGGUCCUCUCACUACUUUGGAGCUGCAGGGGUGGUGUUAUGUGCAAAGAAUUCAGCCUCGCUGAGUGGUGUUGUGAGUAAAGCGAGUGCAGGCUCACUUGAGUUAAUAGAGUUGCGAUAUUGUAAGAACAUGAUGCAGUUUCUAACAUCCUCAUCUGAAAAUGGUUGGCGUGUUCUUGGCGGUUCUGUUUCUAGCAAAGCUAUUCCCUUGAAUGAGAUAGUACCUAGUGAACCAACCAUUCUUGUUCUGGGUAGUGAGGGCACUGGGUUGAGGCCUUUGGUGGAAAGAUCUUGCACUCAAUUGAUUUGAAUUCCUGGAAAUAUUCCUGUGGAUGUAACUGCCGGAGGAUUUGAUGAUAGUGAAUCUGUUGAAGUGAAUCAUGGGUGCUCUGCUGAAGAGUUCAGGUCAUUUUUGGCUGUGGAGAGCUUGAAUGUCAGUGUUGCAGCUGGCGUGCUUCUUCAUCACUUAAUGGGAAACAAUGAGAAGAGUGAAGUUCAUGCGGUUGCUCAGCAGAAUAACGGACUGGAUCAAGAUUCUACACUCCAUUAA